AUGGUCUGGGAUAUCACAUGCAUGCACAAGUGCUCAGAGUGGUCACCCAAAGAUGAGAAGCCAUUCACUGAGAUAAUUCUUAAUAAAGACCCUGAGUCUGAAGUGAGCAUUGUGGUCACAUUGGAUGGAUCUGAACAAAUUUUGUUCCUCCAUCUCAACAACAAUGGAACCUUGCAUGAAAUCCAUGACAUCAAUGUCAAUUUCCACCCAGUCAGCCUGAAUGGUGAUAUUGUAGCUUUCAGUGAUGACAUUUCCAAAACAUUGCUCUACAACUGGAAGGCAGAGGAGUGGGACUACCUCAAUGACAGAGGCGAUAUACAGGACAACAAUUGCAAACAUAUCAUCUUUUCCCCAACCUCCAUUGUCAUCAUCCAUGCCAACACUCUUAGUGUCUAUGCCUUGCCACCCCUCUUUGGCCAAACCAACACCCCCAUUAUGACAAACCUUUUUGACUGGCACAUUAGCACCAGCACAACACCUACAUCCCUCCUCACACUUUCUGAAAGCUACAGACCAUAG